AUGUUGAUUCAGUAUCUUUUCAUUGUUCUGGCAUUCCAUGCACGUCUGGCCAUCCCUUUCGGACUGAAACUCAGAAUCACAGAUGGUGAAAAUGCCAUACCAGGAGAAUUCUCUUAUCAGGUCUCUCUUCAAUGGGGUUUGCCACCCAUAUUACGUUUUAGCCACAUUUGUGGUGGUUCGAUUGUGCACGAGAGUUUUGUUUUAACUGCGGGACAUUGCAUUAUGAUACAAGGCGAAUUUAAGGUCAUCGUUGGCAAGUAUUAUCUUCUUGAAGAUGAGGAAACUCAGCAAGAAAUUGAGGUUGCUAAGAUUUAUGUGCACGAAAAUUAUCCAGGAGGUAUUGCACCAUACGACAUCGCUCUUCUUAAACUUAAAACUCCUCUCACUUUUAACAAGUGGGUAUCCGCUAUCAAAUUACCUGAACAAGACGAGGUACAAGUUGGAAAUGCUAUACUGUCUGGAUGGGGCUCCGUCUCCAAGACAUCGGUUUUAAAGCUUUCCAACGUUCUCCAAAAAGUUACUGUUCCAUUAUUGGACAGUAAAUCUUGUCAAGAUGAGUUCUCGAAAAGUUAUAAUGCACCGCAACUUUACGAUUCACAAAUCUGCACUGCCGCUAUUGAUGAAAUAUCUGCUUGUUCUGGUGACUCUGGUGGUCCAUUGGUCCAAUUUGAAAACAACGUUCCUACUCUAGUUGGAAUUACUUCAUGGGGAACCUACCCGUGCGGUAUCAGUCACAAGCCUUCUGUCUACACUCGCGUAGCUUCUUACACUAUUUGGAUUAAAAAGAUAAUAUGGAUUAUUAUGAUAAAUUAUCAUCUCAUCUUUAUUGAUAAUAUGCUCGAAAUGUUUCCCAAAGCAAUCGUGUUCUUUGCUCUCCUAACAGUGGCGGUCGCUGAGAGGCUCCGAGUUGGUCUCCAGAUGCCACCGAUUUUACCACGUUUUACUGGUCCGAUCUCAGUACAAGUGGUUGGAGGUGAAGAAGCACCAGUAGGAUAUUACCCGUUCAUAGCUUCCCUUCAAAUGUUUAACUCUCAUUUCUGCGCUGGAUCCAUUAUAAACAAAGAAUGGAUUCUAACAGCAGCACACUGUGCUAAUGCAGGUUCUUUAAAUUUUCUUCGCGUUAAGGUCGGUAAACACAAUAUUCAAAAAAACGAAAGCACCGAACAGACAGUUCAAGUGGCACAAGCUUACAUACAUGAAAACUAUGAAGAUGGUGUUGGUCCAUAUGACAUUGCUCUGCUUAAGCUUGCGACUCCAUUAAAGUUAACGAAAGAAAUACAAGCCAUCGAAUUACCACCGCCAGAAAGUGAACCAACUGGAGAGGCAUGGCUUUGUGGAUGGGGCUCCAUUUCGACUGAUCGUUAUCCAAUAAUGCCAGACAAACUUCAGCAUGUUAAGAUGGAAUACCUCGAUCUCAUUACUUGUCAUGAAUCCAUCGAACGUUUAAUAGGAUAUUCUCCCGUUCAUGAAACCAAUGUCUGCACUGGCCCACUGUACGAUCAAAUCUCAGCAUGCAGUGGAGAUUCCGGUGGCCCACUAAUUUCACGUAUUGAACAAAAACCAGUUCUUAUUGGAAUUGUAUCUUGGGGUAUUAUUCCAUGCGGUAGUACAGGAGCGCCAUCCAUAUACACCAAAGUAUCCAGUUUCAUUGAAUGGAUUGAGAAAAAAAAGAGACCUAAAAUCGGUCUUCGGAUGCCGCCUAUUUUCCCACCUUUUAAUCGCUCAAUCUCAUCACAAGUGGUUGGAGGUGAAGAAGCAGGAGUAGGAAGUUAUCCGUUCAUAGUUUCCCUCCAAAUAUUCUCCCAACACUUUUGCGCUGGAUCCAUCUUGAAUGAAAAAUGGAUUAUAACAGCAGGGCAUUGUAUUAACAGCGUUCCUAGCAUUCUUCCCUUAAGCAUUCUUCGCGUCAAGGCUGGAAAGUACAAUCUUCAACUUAUAGAAAACACCGAACAGACAGUCAAAGUAGUGAAAGCUUAUGUACAUGAAAAUUAUAAACGUGGUAUAGGUCCAUAUGACAUUGGUUUACUUAAGCUUGCAUCUCCAUUGAAGUUAAACAAUAACGUACAAGCCAUCGAAUUAGCACCUCCAGAAAGUGAACCAACUGGAAAGGCAUGGCUUUGUGGAUGGGGAUCUAUCUCGACUACCAAUUAUCCAAUAAUGCCAAAUAAACUUCAGCAUGUUAAAAUAGAGUACAUCAAUCGCACUACUUGCCACGAAUCCGUCAAACGUCUCACGGGAUCUUCUCCCGUUCAUGAAACUAAUAUCUGCACUGGGCCACUGUACAAUAAAAUUUCAGCAUGCAGUGGUGACUCCGGUGGUCCAUUAAUUUCGUAUAACGGAAAAAAAUCGGUGCUUACUGGAAUUGUAUCUUGGGGUAUUGUUCCAUGUGGUACUUUAGGCGCGCCCUCCGUAUACACGAAGAUAAUAAUAGUUUGUCAGCGUACAGUUGCACCCGCGAAGAAGAGUAUAAAAUGCGGUCUAUUCUAUUUGGGAUUGUCAUUAAACAGCAAAAUGUAUUCCAAAGCUAUCGUGUUCUUUGCUUUCCUAGCCAUGGCGGUCGCUAAUGACACGUCGGAUUCAACUUCGUUUGAGACUCGUGUGGUUGGAGGUAAACCUGCUGCGACGGGACAAUACCCAUUUAUAGUUUCCCUUCAACUAGCGAUGGGCCGUCAACCUAAGCAUUUCUGUGCCGCAUCUAUCCUGAACAAACUAUGGGUUCUAUCAGCAGCGCAUUGUGGUAAAGGAAUUUCCGCUAGCCGUAUUACCGUCAAGGCUGGUAAAAACAAUCUUAAAGUUAAGGAGGCUGCCGAACAGACAGUGAAAGUGUUAAAAGUGUACAUACAUGAAAAAUAUAAAGGUGGUGUUGGUCCAUAUGACAUUGCUCUGUUUAAGCUUGCAACUCCAUUGAAGAUGAAUAAGAACGUACAAGCUAUCAAAUUAGCUCAACCAAACAGUAUACCAACCGGAAAUGUAUGGCUUUGUGGAUGGGGAUCCACUUCAACUAGUAUUUCCCCCAUAAUGCCAGAUAAACUUCAACAUGUUAUGUUGAAAAUUAUGGAUCUUAAAUCUUGCAACCAAACCAUCAUUAAAUUGACGAGGUCUUCUUCUCUUGAUAAAACCACCAAUAUCUGCACUGGAUCACCGAACAGAAAAUCCUCAUGCAGCGGUGAUUCCGGUGGUCCACUAUUUAAGAUUAUCAAUGGAAAACCGGUGCUUGUUGGAAUUGUAUCUUGGGGUAUGAUACCAUGUGGUUUUCGAGGUGCACCAUCCGUAUACACGAAAGUAUCCAAUUUCAAUAAAUGGAUUGCGCAGAAGAUGCGUAAUUGAUGAUGACAAUAUUGAUGACGCAUGAAUGUAUAAAACUAAAUAAAGAAUUACAUGUUACUUGAAAUAAAUAUC